GGUCUGCCGUAGACCCGAUUCUGCCCCAAUUUGGGGUGGCCGCGACCUCGUCACCUGGCUCCAGGACGUGCGACCUCAGCGUGGGCGGCCCGCUCUGCCCGUGGGGGCGUCUGUGGGGAGCAGGGCGCCGCGACAUGCGGCGCCCGAGCCCCGGGAGGAAGCCCUGCGCUGGGCGAAGCCAAGACUACCAUGGCUGCCGGAGUCUUGCCUCAAAAGGAACACCCAUAUUCCACUUUGGUGAAUAACAGUGGGUAUGCUGCAAAUAUGAAAGGAAGUUCUGGGCGUCCAACACCAAAGUAUACGAAAGUCGGAGAGCGUUUACGGCAUGUCAUUCCUGGACACAUGGCCUGCUCCAUGGCGUGUGGUGGCAGAGCAUGCAAGUAUGAAAAUCCAGCCCGCUGGAGUGAGCAGGAGCAAGCCGUUAAGGGGGUCUACUCAUCCUGGGUCACUGAUAAAAUCCUGGCCAUGGCUCGCCCGUCCACAGAGCUCCUCGAGAGGUACUGCAUCAUCGAGCAGUUCCGGACACGUGGCAUAAAAACAAUCAUCAACCUGCAGCGCCCUGGCGAGCAUGCCAGCUGUGGGAACCCUCUGGAACAGGAGAGUGGCUUCACGUACCUUCCUGAGGCUUUCAUGGAGGCCGGCAUUUAUUUCUACAAUUUCGGGUGGAAAGAUUAUGGUGUAGCAUCCCUUACCACCAUCUUAGAUAUGGUGAAGGUGAUGACGUUUGCCUUACAAGAAGGAAAAGUAGCUGUCCAUUGUCACGCAGGGCUUGGUCGAACAGGUGUUUUAAUAGCAUGUUAUUUAGUUUUUGCAACAAGAAUGACUGCCGACCAAGCAAUUAUAUUUGUUCGGGCAAAGCGACCCAAUUCCAUACAAACUCGAGGACAGCUACUAUGUGUAAGGGAAUUUACUCAGUUUCUGAUUCCUCUUCGCAAUGUAUUCUCUUGCUGUGACCCCAAAGCACAUGCUGUCACCUUAGCACAGUAUCUAAUUCGCCAGCGGCACCUGCUUCAUGGUUAUGAGGCACGACUCCUGAAACACGUGCCAAAAAUUAUCCACAUUGUUUGCAAAUUGCUGCUGGACUUAGCUGAGAACAGGCCAGUGGUGACCGAAGAAGUGGCAGAGGUCCCCAGCCUCUCUGCCGAAAUUGAAAAGACCGUUUCUGCGAUGGUUACAAUGCAGCUGGAUAAAGAGUUACUGAGGCACAACAGUGAUGCCUCAGACUCUCUCACCCCCACUGCAGUGACAGCCAAUUUUGAGAAUCAGGAGGUGAUUCUUUCCAGUGAACAAGAGUUUGACCCUCUUUGGAAGAGGCGGAAAGUCGAGUGCCUUCAGCCCCUGACUCGUCUGAAAAGGCAGCUCAGCUACAGUGACUCGGAUUUAAAGAGGGCUGAGUCACUUCUGGAGCAAGGAGGGACUCCGUGGACAGUGCCUGCCCAGGUCUUGCCUUGCCAUAACCCCAGGCAGCAGAAGCCCAUAAGCCAUUGUCACUCCCCGCAGACUCCACAACUAGAUUUAAAUAAGGAAGCACUGGUCCGCAAUACCUUUUCUUUCUGGAAUCAGACUAAAUUUGGAGGCCUGGAAGGACUCAAAGAUGACGGGUCCCCAGUUUUCCAUAGGAAGAAUAUUCCGAAGGAAGUACAGCGGAGCAGAACCUUCUCUGGGGGCAUUUCAGGUUCACACAGCCCUGGGGAGCCAAUUUCCCCCAACUUUGCAAACAUCCCUAAGGAGCUAUGCCGCUCUCCCCACCAAGUGCCCCACUGCAGAUGUGACGGUCAGGGUGCUUGCUGCCAAGAUGGUGAGACUCACUGCGGCCCUGUGGGCUGUGGCUCCAGUCCCAAAGUACGGGCCUCGACUGGACCCAAACCCCAGGACAGCAAGGAUCUGUCUGAAGUCGCUCCACACACGGCUUUGCAGUCUGAACUGAGUGUUGAAGCAAGGAGAAUACUGGUGGCCAAAGCCCUGGCAAAUUUAAAUGAGUUUGCAGAAAAGGAGGAAGUGAAAAGGAAGGUAGAAAUGUGGCAGAAAGAACUAAAUUCCCGAGACGGAGCUUGGGAAAGAAUAUGUGGCGAAAGGGAUCCUUUCAUCCUGUGCAGUUUGAUGUGGUCUUGGGUGGAGCAGCUGAAAGAGCCUGUGAUAACCAAAGAGGACGUGGACAUGCUGGCUGACAGGCGUGCAGACGCUGCAGAAGCGCUAUUUCUGUUAGAGAAGCAGGGUCAGCAGCAGACUAUACUUUGCGUGUUGUGCUGCAUAGUGAGCCUGCAGACGAUUCCUGUGGAUGUGGAGGAGGCCAUCCUUGCCCGAGCCAUCAAAGCUUUCACUAAGGUUAAUUUUGAUUCUGAAAGUGGACCUAUAGUUUACAACACCCUGAAGGAAAUAUUUAAGCACACACUGGAAGAAAAAAGAAAAAUGGCUAAAGACAACCCUAAGCCCGAUGUUUCGUGAAGCUGACUUUCCCUUGUGGUGAAAGGUUUCAGACCUGAAGAUCCAGGCGGCAUUUUUGUGCAUAGGUGAACAGGUUGACGUGUGGUGCUGCUUCGUCUCAUAGCACUUUAUUUCAGAUGCUCUUGGUUUGUGCUAAGAAUGCUUGUUCCUGUUUAGAGGAAUUAUUUAUUUUAAAAUAUCCUUGAAUUACAUUUUUGUGUUAUAAAGUUGGUGCCACUUUCUCUUAUUUAUUUAACUGAAUUAAUAUUGUUGUAUUAAUAUUUUAAGUAUGUGGUGUUUACAUCUUUAUUCUUUUUGACAUUUUGGAGAAAGUUGUAAUGCUUCUUUCCAAAACAGUUAUUUUGUUGACGGAACUCUUCCUAGAGUUUUUACCAAACAGAUAACUUUAGUAAUAAACCUUCACUGUAUAUCCAUCCCCCUGACACAUGGCCUAAGGAAGUCACCUAGUGUCUUAAAGUGUUUUAUAUUUGUUAAUAAGAAGGCUGUUGAUACAACAUUUUUAAAAGGUUUUUAAAAAUUUUUGAAAUUUUUUUGGUUUUUUCUUUUCUUUUAUAAAUAUGGCAAAAUGUUUCAAAGUGUAUUAUUUUUCAGAGUGAUUUAGUUUUACGUUAAAGCAUUGACUGGAGGUGGUUGGGAUUUUUCACUUGUAGGAAGUAGACUUGUUCUCUAUCAGGCCUCCAGACGACCUUGCCAACCCUGCUGUCACAGGAGGCAGGAGGGGUUCUCAACACAUCAAGCCUUAUUCCCACUCCCAUGGGCGGCCGCACAGCCAAAUAGCAUCCUCACAGAGAAAGCAGGGUCAGUGGCAGGCGGUGUGGGAAGCUACCCUGAACUGAAGCAGGACUCCACAGAAAGGUUAGUCUCGUAGGGACAGGCUCUGUGCAGCCCCACUGUCUCCGGCACUGCAGCCACUCUCCAGAGACAGCUGUCCCUGCUGACGGUGUGAUAGCGCGAGCGCUGGCCCACACCUCCCAGAACCGCCGUUCCCUAGAUCCAGUGCCUCAGGGCCCUAUCUUUGGCUGCUUUUUUACUGCAAGAAUUAAGAUUUUUAAGUUGAAUUUGACCCACAUAGAUUGCAUUUACCCUACUAGCUUUAGAUAUGAAGUAACCGCCUAAGCUAGUUCCUUGUAGACCAAACUAUCAGUCAGCAAUUGAAGCCAUACCCAUUAUCUAAAUGAAUAUGUGGGGGUAUCAGAGGCCAAGCCACAGAGAGGAUAGUUUUUCCCAAUAAAGGUGAUAUUAAACCUAUUUCAAACUAAAGAACCUACUACUUAAUUGUAAAGACAGAAUUUCAGGGGAAGCAAGACUAAUUUACAGAAAAUGAAAUUGCUCCAACUCCUGCAUUUCCAAAUCAGGCUUUAGCACAUCAAAUAUAUUCUAGUUAUCAUCAGUCUUACUAACUCUGGUGGCAAACCCUAAAUACCGUUUUCUCCCACACUGUUUGAAUUUUCUUAGGAACUAUAAUCCAGUGAAGUUUGAUGAACUGGAUUGCCCAUUUCUGAAAUUUCUCAUUUUCAAGUGCCUGACCUGGGAAAGAAGAGGAGAAAAUAAUUAUGUUUUAUCCAAAGCAGACUGACUGAGAGAGCAGUAUUAUUCAUACUCGCCUGAUGAAGGAAUCCCAGUCUGACUGACUCUGGACCACACUCUCCUCCCUCCUGAAGCCGCCUGCCGGUGGAGCUCCUAACCAGGACUUGAACACGUGCUGCUGUGUUUGUUGGCUUUUCUUUCUUUUCCUCCAUGGACCUGCCAUAUCUAGUGUAACGCCUGGCUCAUGGAAGGGACUCAACAACUGUGAGUAUAAGAAAGGGGAGGGAAUAGAGGACAGGAGGGGGGAGCUCUGACGUUGUACUCCCAGGUUAAGAGCCCCCAUGCAGACUUCAGCUCUGGCCGAGAUGGAGGAGCACCCUUCCUGCAGGUCCUCAUUUUACAACUAAACAACCCUGGACAUGACAGCAAAACCACAAGCAUAGAAGACCAACAGGUGGAAAGAAGGUGGUGGGCAGCCAAGGGCCUGGGAGCUGAAGGGACACCACUGUGGGGUUCCCUGAGGUCCCUUAUGCUCCCGCUGCAGACAGGGCGCAGCGGAAGCUCUGACCUGGGACUGUCAACAGGCACAACAAUAAAGUUCCAAGGGACACCUGUCCCCCAGGAAACAGGACCAGGAAAAGGGCAUCCUGACACCAGAAGACCCUUCUGACAGCACCUGCUCCAGCCAGACAUCAACGGGGAACCACCGCCUCUUGCACCGUCCUGUCCUCCCAGUAGAAGCAGGUGGUGACUCUGAUUCCCACCACGUGGUGUUACUGGACAAGUGGGGGCAGAUAUCCAUCCCCACCUGGCAGAAGCAGGAUGGUUUGACUUGAUGGAAGACGGCUGGAUUCUCAUGUCUGCUUCUGCAUUCGAUCCGUUAUACUAUUACACAUCUUGUAACCUCUGGACAAUCCCACUGCACACUCUGAGAGUGAGAAAUGCAUAUAACAUCUUAGAAUUAUAAUGAAAAGUUUGAAGCUUGCAGACACCCUGGAAGAGUCGCAGCCCCCAGCUAAGAUGGAGUAACAAGGACUAUAUUUACCUCCCUCCUGAAACAACCAAACACACACACACCACUACCACCACCACCAGCACCACCACCACCGACAGUAUUUAAGAAACCAGACCUCACACACCAAAAGACAGUGACCCUUGCCACAGCUUACUGCCUCGAGAGUUUCCAGACUGGGGCAAUGGAGAGGGAACUCAGACAGCCCGGCAGUUUCCUGCUUGAGGACGUGGAGCUGAGAGCUGGGAGAGACCAGGCAGCUCCGAGCUGCUGGACAGAGCACCACAGGAGGGAGCUGCACAGCCGGGGGCCGAGAGGUCUGCAGAGGGCCCCUCAAGAGCUCAGCUGCAGACUAAUCGCUUCAUGCCUGAGAAAAUCACCAUACAAACAACUUGGAAAAGAAAAAGCUAUGAUCAUCUUCAGAGACAUAGCAAAAGCAUUUGCCGAAAUCCAACAUCCAUUCCUGAUAAAAACUCUCAGCAAACGAAUCCUAGAACAGAACUUCCUCGACCUGCAGAGGGGCAUCCACAGGAAGCCAAUAACUGACAUCACGUGUAAUGAUGAAAGGCUGUCCCGUAAGAUCAGGAGUGGAUCAGAGAGACCCAGCUUGCCACUCCUAUUCAUCACUGUCCCGAGGGUUCUGGCCAGUGCAGUCAGGCCAGAAAAAGAAAGAAAGCCAUCAAGAGCAGGAAGUAAAACCGUUUUUAUUCUCAGAUAUGUUCAUCUAGGUAGAAAAUCUGGCGGAAUCCACAGAAAAAAAGCUGCGAGAACUUAAUAAAUGAGUUUAGCAAAAUGGGAGGAUACAGUAUGAGUAGGUAAAAAUCAAUUGUAUUUCUCUACACUAGCAAUGAACAACCCGAAACUGAAAUAAACAAUGCCAUUUAGCAGAGCAUCAAAAAGAUGAAAUACUAAGGCAUAAAUCUGACAGAAAAUGUGAAAGACCUGUUUUGUGAGUUGCCUGGAGCCGCCAAAACAAAUGAUCACAAACUUGGUGGCUCACAACAGAAGCUUGUUCUCUCACAGUUCUGGAGGCCAGAAGUCUGAAAUCACGGUAUCGCAGGGCUGCACUCCCUCUAAAGGCUCCAGGGGAGAACAGUUCCUGCCUCUUCCAGCUUCUGGGGGCUCCAGUCCCAGGAUGUUUCUUGGCUUGUGGCCACAUCGCUCCAAUCUCUGCUUCCAUCUUCACGUG